GGCUCAACGCGACCUCUAGGAUCAGUUCACUUCUGUCUGCUUAGCGAGUAGCACCUUCUUCUUCCGCCAGCCAGGGGGGAAGUAGUAGUAUCCAAGUAGAGUUUCGUGGGAGGAGACGACCUCGCGUAUGCGUAGAAUUUUUGUUUUUUUCCUGAAAGGAAACUUUUAGCUACCAUUCGAGGCGUUUUUGGUUAAGUUGGUUUUGUGCGUGUUGGUUGGAUUUCCUUUUAAACUUGAAAGUGUCUUUGAUUUCAAACUGUUAGAGAGUGAAAUCAGCCCGGAGAAGAAAAAAAAAUCGAGAUCAAAGGAAGCUGCAGAGCCUACACUGUAUGGUGGUGUAUGUGUAUGUGUAGAAAAGAAAACACGACCAGCAAAGUAUGAAAAUUUAAUUGAGCAAAAGCAUACAUAACAGCAGGAGAAAAUCGAAAUCCAAGUUUGCCUGCCCAAAUUGCGCGUGGAAAAUUGUUUUGGCCAACUUUGAUGAGGCUCGUCAGCUGAGAGCGUACGAAGUGAAAUCAAUGAUUGCUUUGAUCCACUGUCACCUUGCCGUAUACAGUUAAGAGUGUGAAGAAAGGUGAAUUCAGAGUGAAAAGAAAGGAUAAAAUAAUAAUUUCCCUCUGUGCCAAGAUAACUGAGAAAACAAAAGCGAGAGAGAUCAAACAGUGCUAAAAAAACACAGGAAAAUAAUUGUUCUGCUCGUUUCAAAUGUGGGUGCAUUCUAAAAAUAUCGAAACCGCUUAUUUAAACAAGUCGGUAUUGUUGUUAAAUAACUUGAAGUGCGCUUUGAUUGGCGGCCUUGGUGCAAAGACAAGAUCAUCAAACUAAGCUGAAAGCAGAUCAAUCGUUAACGAUCCAGCAGAACACAUCUAAUGUGACAGAUCGAGUCAAGCGAGUUACAUCAUCACCCAACAUCGCCGUCCGUGGCCGCUUGGAAGCGCUGAAUAGCUAGAAUCAGCAUUUCGGAAGCCCCAUUCAAGUUCAGCAGCGGCAGUAGCAGCAGCUGCGUGAAGUGAAGGGAAGGGUCAUCACCGAAUCGUGGUGUUUAUAAUAACAACAACAACAGCCCAGUUGAUAAUACUCGCCACUAGCUUUUAGCCCUGCCCCAACAAUUCCCAGAAAGUGGACAGGGAGUGGAGUUUGGUGGUGCGAGGUAGAAAAACGUAGAGAGUGUGUAUUCGCAUUCAAUUAGCCCUUUUCGACGACACACGACCUCCAUCCACAGUCCCCAGUUAGUUGUUUGUCGUAGAAUUUCGAAGAGCUCCAACCGCCGCGUGCAGUGGUUGUUGUUGUCAGCGGAAUUGACGCGAAGAAGACGUCCCCUCGCCUCCUUUAUGGUCGUGUGAAAAAGUCCCUUAAAAAGUAGCAAACAAACGCGCGCGCGUCCCCAUAGUCUAACUAGUCUAGUACACACACGUCUGCUGAUUGUGUGGGCGGUUAUUUUAAGAAAGGCAGAAGUUGAAGAAAAACAUUCUUUUCCGUGGUUUUUUUUUUGUUCCUGUACGAGCGUUCAGUGUUUCGCGAGUCAGUGAUAAAUGUUGAUCGUCCCCAGGUUUCAAUUAGCCCGUGCAGUUCGCGAAAGAAAAAAUUCGCUUAUCAAUCGCGGUGUCCUGUGUGUGAGAGUGAGCUUUGCGCUUAUCAAGCGGCAGGCGAGGGUAGAGAAAGCGAGAGUGCUUAUCAAUCCCCCUCAACCUGACAUCACGACGACCUGAUGGAGCAGCACUUUCUGCUCUGUGAUUACAACGACGGUACCAAUCGAGUGUAGUGGUCGCAUUCUUGUUUUGUUUUCUGCGUAGUAUCACAGUGACGUGGUAGCAUCGGGUCAAAUCACACAUCGACCAAGGUCGACAUGUUCUCGUUGUUGUGCUGCUGAAGAAGACACGCUUACGACGUGUGUGACAUCCAGCGUAGCUUUUAGUUCCCAAACGACGUUCUCAAGCUAACGGUAGUGUACGGAAGAAAACAAAGAAGAAGAAGAAGAAGAAGAAGAAGACGAAGAAGAAGAUGAGCAGAAAAAUGUCGGCACUAAGCCAUCAGGUGAACAUGAACAACUUUCUAUCGCUGCUGUUGGGUGCCUCCCUAGUGGCAGCCAAUUCCUCUCCGAACCAUGACCUAGCGUCAUUCUCCCAACCGACCGAGUUUUCGAACGGUGUGUCGUCCUUUGCCCUUCCCGCCGAGGACCGAAUGGCAUUCGAUAGCUAUACCCUUGCCUACCUGAACUACUCCUACACCGACAGCAAUGGGCUGGAAAUUCACGAAGGUGAAGUCAUCGGCAAGUACGGAGAAGGGCGGGUCCUGAAUCGAACCGGUCUGCUGGUUCAUGUGACCAAAUCGGACAAGCCGGAAGAUCACACCGGGUGUACCAAGGAUUGGAACGGGACCGGAGGGCAACCGCUGCCCGCCGGAGGAAUCUCGUGGAUCGCCCUUAUCAAGCGGGGCAACUGCAACUUUGAGGAGAAAGUUAAGCAUGCAUACAUCCACGGUGCCGCCGGGGUAAUCAUCUACAACGAUAAGGACGACUCGCGGCUGGAUAAAAUGAAGAUUAACGACAAAGAACGAAACAUCACCGCAGUCUUCACGACCAAAGCCAAGGGUCACGAACUGAUCGACAACCUGGAGCGGCAGGGCUACGAACUAACGAUCGCAAUCAUCGAGGGAAGUCACCACAUCCGCUCGCUGGCCAACAUCAAUCGAACAUCGGUGCUGUUCGUUUCCGUAUCGUUCAUCGUACUGAUGAUCAUUUCGCUGGUGUGGCUGGUGUUCUACUACGUGCAGCGGUUCCGGUAUUUGCAAACCAAAGAUAAACAAUCGAGGCGACUUUGCAACGUAGCGAAACGAAUCAUUGCCAAAAUUCCUACCAAGAGUAUUAAAUCAGAUGACAAGGAAAUCGACAACGACUGCUGUGCCAUCUGCAUUGAGCCAUACAAGGUGACGGAUGUGAUACGCGUUCUUCCCUGCAAGCACGAAUUCCACAAAACCUGCAUCGACCCGUGGCUCCUGGAGCACCGCACCUGUCCGAUGUGCAAGAUGGACAUCCUCAAGCACUACGGCUUUGUGUUCACCGGUAGCCAGGAGAGCAUCCUUCAGCUCGAUCUGGACAUGGAAGAAGGUGACCUCAUUGACGACCACAGCAGCACCGACGGUGGCUACCAGCGUCGACACAGCGUUAGCCCACUGCCGCAGAUCAGGGCAUCCAACGAGAACCGGCUUUCUCGAAGCUCAUCGGAGUCGGAUUCAGACAACGAGCAGCAACCAUCCUCCAGCCGGCACCAUUCCAACAGACAAUCGGUGGGACGCGCUAGCGUCACAUCCGGAGUGGUAACCUCCACCGGUUGCACCGCUUCGGAUCGGAAUCGCGAUGAGGACAACAAUAUCUGCGUCGGAUGUCUGGCUGCAGCGCUGAACAAGAAGAAACACAAUUUGGAGAAUACCUUCUCGCCGGACGAUGCCGAUAGUGACAAUUUUUCCGCCGGACCGAACGGUUCCUCGAGUCUUCCUGCUACCCUAAAAAAAUACAAAGGCAACCACUCGACUGGCUCGUGCCGUGGUAUGAAUCCUCCGGAUCACUACCACCAGCACAUUCCCCACCAGCAGCAGUCUCAGUCGAAGCUUCCGUUCAAGUUCUACAAGACCGAUCACAGUCAGGUGCGCAAGGUGCGCACCCCGCUGAAGAAUCUGAUCUCCCAAUCGGUGUCGGCACCGUGUGACGAUGGUUCGCUGAGUAAUAUCAACCUGGGCUCGGAGGAGCACGCCUGUUCGGAUGCCCCGGCAGCUUCGGUCAAACUGCCGGCCCGCCGUUGCUCGCUGUCCCGAACAUCUUCCAGUGGUUCGGAGUCGCGGAAUUUCGCUCCUCAUCAUCAUCAUAAUCACCAGCACCUUCACCACCACCAUCAUCACCAUCAUCACGAACCCGCGAAUUGCGGUGAUCCGGAGCCCGAUGACGACGGUUCGGACGAAACCGAACCGAACAGUGACAACGACCUGAUCGCCAACAAGAGCAGGGACGGAAACGAUGGUGAGUGCAAGAAGAAGUGAUAACAGUGAUAUUAGAAUGUAUGCUUUGAAUUGCGUCGGGGAAAACCGAACCAAUUUUAUUUUUUUUUCAGUGUAUCUCAAGACUCUAGCUCCUUAUUUUUUUUCUUGGAUAUUGCUCCGAUUUAAAUAGAAGAGAACAGUUGCGAAACAUUUUUCCAGAGUAGAAUCUAGAUAAUACUAAACAUGUGCGUGAUAUAAAUGUACUUUCACUCUCUAUCUUCCGAAACAAACGAGCAGGUGAAGGAUUCAGACGAUGUAAAAGUACGGAUUUUUUCAAGUGUAGUGUGUUGUUACAACUUAA